AGUUAAUCUCCCUUUUUUGUUCUGGUAGGUUACAGCUUGUUUGCCCUUGGCAUUGGCAGCUUGCUCAUGGGUUACUACACCCUGGUGAAGUGGAACAGAGAGAGGAGGCGUCUGCUCAUUGAGGAGUUGGAAACCCGUAUCGCUUUGAUGCCCCUUCUGCAAGCAGAGUCAGACAGAAGGACCCUGCGGCUAUUACGGGAGAACCUCGAAGAGGAAGCCAAAAUCAUGAAAGAUGUUCCUGGAUGGAAGGUGGGGGAGUUGCCAUGGCACACAGACCGCUGGGUUCCUCCAACCACGGACGAGCUCUAUUAUCUGCGGCCUAUGAGCGAGCUGCACAACGAGAAGUACGGCCUGCAGUGGUAUGUCUGACGCUGGGCCAGGACUCGCCCCAGCCUGCGGGUUCCGCCAGUUACCGCACGAGUAGCGUUGUCUGCACUCAAAGGCCAGGCGUGCAAAAUGUGUGACAUUAAAGUCUGGUGGAAACGUG